ACCAAAUAUUUAAGCCAUCUACAUGGCUCAACCUUUCACAACUGCCAACAAUUUUAUCAUGUCAGAAUUCAAUCGCCCACAAGGCCCUCCACCGGGUGCUGUGCCACCUCCAGCCUACGCUCCAGAUGCCGAAGGCUCCUCCACUUCGACUGCGCAGUACCAGAGACCAGCAGUCCCACCGCCGGGCCACCCAACCUCCAACCCAUUCACGCCAGCGUCUGCGGAACAGGAAAAGCAAGCCUUGAAGGAGAAGUACAAGCAGGAACAGUCUCAGCCCCAGCUGUUUGACGCCCCUCCGCAGACUUCCCAAUACACCGACCACGAUUACGAAACCCUCUUGCCCUCAAUCAUCAAGUCACUUAACCGGUUGCAAAACCCAGAGUUGUGGCUGGAGUAUCUCAAAUCCACACGGAAAAAGUCAUCUUUCAAGAAGAUGUUCGGGGGCUCCAAGUCCUCCUACACCGACCAGGACUUUGCGCAAAUUGCCUCGACGCUCAUCCCGUCGCGCAAGACCCAUAACUUCUACACGUCGCGUGAUCAGCUUAUCCGGAUUCUUAGGGAAAACAAUGCGUUGGCAAAGCUCCAUCAGAUCAAGCAGAACUUGCAGAUUCCACCGGCCUUCCCAAUGGACGAGCUUGCGCAGCUUUUGUUUUUCGACAUAGUGUUGUUUGUUGACAACUCUGGCUCCAUGGCGAAUGUCAAGAGACAGACGGAGUUCAAGACAUUGAUGCUAGACAUCAUGAAGACCAUUAGUAUCAAAAAUGAGGGGUUCGCCUUGCGCUUCAUGAACAAAAACGACCAGCUCCAGCAGGGGGUCUACCAGGACACGGGGAUCUCUUUCGACAACAUCCAAUCGGAAGAUACCGUCAGAGCGAUCUUGAACAGCCCGCAUGUGGGCUACUUUGGGGUUACGCCACUUGCGACCAAGCUCUACGAGAAUGUCAUCAAGCCGUUUGUGCUGCAGAGGGUGCCGGCCAAGAGACUUGCCAAACCCGUUUUGGUGGUGGUGCUCACCGACGGGAUGCCCUAUGGAGAGCAGCCUCCGUUUACCGACAAAGACGGCAUUGCCAAGAUUGUCAAGCAGACCAGACAGGAGUUGGUCAAGGGCGGCUACGCCCCAGGAUCUGUGUUGUACCAGUUUGCCCAGGUCGGUGACGACAGACAGGCUGCGGACUACUUAAACGACUUGGACGACGAUAAGGACAUUGGCGAUUUGAUCGAUGUCACGAACGUGUUUGAGAAGGAAAAGGUGCAGUUGAACAAUGAUGUCGCCGACAGGGUGUUUUACUUGAAGAAGUUGAUCUUAGGGCCAAUUGACGAGCUGUUUGACAAGGCUGAUGAGCAGAAGAAAUAGGGGCGCCAUUUAUGGCUAUGUAUUAUUAUAAUUGACGAGCUAUUUGACAAAGCUGAUGUACAGGAGAAGUAGGGAUGCCAUUCACGGUUAUAUUAUUAUUGACUCGAAAUAUGUAGUUAGAAACUG